GCGCUAGGAGCGGUGAAAGAUGGCGGAGGGCGGCGGCGGAGAGGCGGGCGAGGAGGAGCCGAGGGCGGCGGGGCCGCGGCCCCCAAGCGCGCGGGACUUGCAGUUGGCCUUGGCAGAAUUAUAUGAAGAUGAAGUGAAGUGCAAAGCUUCCAAAUCUGAUAGACCUAAAGCUACAGCCUUUAAAAGCCCACAGACAGCACCUCAAAGGUUCUAUUCAAGUGAACAUGAAUGCAGUGGAUUACAUAUAAUUCAACCUUCAACUGGGAAAAUUGUGAAUGAACUUUUCAGAGAGGCAAGGGAACAUGGGGCCGUCCCUCUAAAUGAAGCCACAAGAGCCUCGGGUGAUGACAAAUCUAAGUCUUUUACAGGUGGAGGAUACAGAUUGGGUAAUUCCUUUUGUAAGCAGUCUGAAUACAUCUAUGGAGAAAAUCAGUUGCAAGAUGUUCAAAUUUUGCUUAAACUGUGGAGCAAUGGUUUCAGCUUGGAUGAUGGAGAAUUGAGACCUUACAGUGACCCAACAAAUGCCCAGUUUCUGGAGUCUGUUAAGAGAGGAGAGAUUCCCCUGGAGCUUCAGCGACUGGUUCAUGGAGGACACUUGAAUUUGGACAUGGAGGACCAUCAGGAUCAAGAAUACGUAAAGCCUCGGUUGAGGUUCAAGGCUUUUAGUGGAGAAGGACAGAAACUUGGAAGCCUCACACCUGAAAUAGUCAGUACACCUUCCUCCCCAGAAGAGGAGGAGAAGUCACUAUUCAGUGCAGUGGUUCUUAUUGACGAUUCCAUGCCAACCACCAAAAUCCAGAUCAGGUUAGCAGACGGGAGCCGUUUGAUACAGAGAUUCAACAGUACACACAGGAUCCUGGAUGUCCGGGACUUUAUCGUACAGUCUCGUCCUGAAUUUGCAACUCUUGACUUUAUUCUCGUGACUUCGUUUCCAAACAAAGUGUUAACAGAUGAAAGCCUGACACUACAAGAAGCAGAUAUUCUUAACACUGUGAUACUCCAGCAGCUAAAAUGAUACUGUCCUACCAAUGCAGUAGCAUGUAGGAACGGUAAUGUGCCAUAUUAGUGAGGAAAAUACUUAAGAGUGUAAAAAAUUAUUUUUAUUAUUUAUACAGAUAAAUUUUGGUUUAAUUCUUCAAUCUUCCAGCUUUAGGAUAGACAAAUUUGGACUAGGAAUAGAUCUUAAGGUAACAUAUGUUUGAAGUUUUAGCCAAAAGGGCUGGCUUCCAUUGAUAGCUUUUAAAUAUUCAGACAAACCAAUUUGAUACAUGCUCAGAGUUAAUGUAACAGCACUUGUUUGCAGAGAAAAUGAACAAAAUCCCAUUUUUGACAAAUGCAUUUGAUAAAAUUUGCACUAAAGUUUCUUGAUGCUGCAUUGAUCAGCAGCCAUUAAGAAAACUUCUGAUCAAACACUUUGAAAUUUUUUCUGUAAUGUAUACUGGGAAGUGUGUCUGUAUUCUGAUAUUUAAAUAUUGGAUCAUAUAAUAGUCAUUUCUCCUAUUAAGAUACAAAACUCCUUUUUACUUGCUGAUUUAGCUAUUUUAGUCAUGUCAGAAAAUACAGUUUUGCCUUGUGUUUUAUGACCAUCAUAAACCAGAAGCAAAGACAUAAAGGUCAGCAGUUCUUGAGGAGUGUGUUCAACUGCACUUUAAAGGAGAGUAACUACAGUCCCUGGCAGCGCCUGUCUUGAUCACCCCCAUUUAUUCAUUCAGCAAGUGUUUCUGGGGGACCCACUAUGUAAACUAAACACUGUUGUAAGUGCUCAACCCAGAAUGUAUUGUACUGCAAGACCAAACAAGGGUAGAAAUGGAAGCGUGAAUUCCAUCAGAGAGACUGAACUGGAAGAGUCACCAGCAUAAAUGUCCACGUUUCUGCUGGAGCCAGAUGUUUGCUGAGUGAGGGAAGGUGCAGCAGGAGUGAGAGAAAAGCUUAUUCUUCUUCCCCAACACCAUUUCACCUUUGGUCACCUCUCCCGGCUUGUCUUUUAUCGCUGCUGUUACAAAUCACUACAGACAUGGUGGCUCACAGUAGCCCAGGUUUCUUGUGCUUCUCUGGGUCUCACGUGGGUCUCUCUGGGCUACAGUCAGGUGUCAGCAGGGCACCGUUCCUCUUGGGAGGUUCUCGGGGAGAUGUGUGUCCUUGCCUCACCAGCUUCGAGCAGCCACCUGCAUGCCUGGGCCUGUGACCCCCUCUCUGCGUCUCCAUAACCAGCAACACUAUCCCUCUGACUCCUCUGUCAUCACAUCUCUUGGAAGACAGCCAGGAAAGAUUCUGUUUGUUGGGUCUACCAGGUGAUCCUGGAUACUCUCCCCACGUAAGGUCCAUAGUAACUGGAUCCUUGAGGUCCCUUUGAUUGUGAAAGGUGGUGGAUCACAGGUUCCUUCCAGUGCACCAGGGCUCGUCUCAUGCCUCUUCAGCUGGCAUCCAUCCCUUCACUGUGGCCAAGCCCCUCAUCUUGUCAUCCUUACGGCCUUUGCCUCCAGCUUUGAUUCUCGUUUCUUCUUCUAAGGGCCCUGGCGAUUACAUUUGCUUCACCUGGAUACUCUAGGAUAAUCUCCUCGCCUCAGGUGUGUGACUUAACCCCAUCUGCAGGAUCUCUUCUACUAUAUAGGCUGACAAAUUCAUUGGCUUCGGGAUUAGAACAUGAACAUUUUGGGAGGUCAUUCUGUCUAUUGCAGUCCACUCCUGUCCCGAAGAUCCACAUUCCACCCUGAAAGGUGCUCAAGAGCUUCGACCCACUGCAGCACCAGCUUAAAAGGGCAGUUUUACCUGGAUCUCAUGAACUCAGAUGUCCCGAAUCUCAUUUAAAUCAUGUAAACCAAGUAUGAGUGAACAUCUGGUAUGAGUGAUUCCUGGGACACAGUUUCUCUCCAUCUGUGAACCUAGAAAACCAGUUAUAUAAUCGCAACAGGCAUAGAAUAACUGUUAAAAAACAUUCCUGUUUAAGAAAAUUAGAAAAUGGGGUGGAAACAGGAGCUGCCAGUGCCAAGCACUUUAUAAGAUCAGCCAGCUACUCUCGGCUUCAAGGCCUGGAAACAGCCUUCUGUGACUCACAGCAGCCUUUCUAGGUGUGUGACUUUCUCUCAGAGACUUUUUUUUCCUUUCUCAUGAAAGGUAGCAGGUAUUUGCAGCUGAGUAGUUCUAUCAGCUUGUAAUGUCUGUGUAAUUGUAGGAGGCUCAGCCAUCUUUUUUCGUUUCAUGUUGUCUCUGUCCCCUUUGAGAAAGCAGUGUCUACUGAUGGAACAUUCUUGAGACUCCUGUGGAUCUUCUGUGUAUGUUACAGAGAUUCACUCCAUUAGACCACAGGCUCCUUCCAGAGCUUUCCUAGGUAACCCAGCUGUUUCUGGUUCUCUGUGACCUUCUCUAUCUUUCUCAGGUAUAAGCAGAAGGUAGUAGGCCACAGUCUCAUCUCUCCCUAGAGCAGGCCUACUUGACAGUAAAUCUUUGAAUUUUAAUAUCUUUUCCACAAGCUAAAGAUUUCCAAGUCAUCAAGUCCUGUUUCCUUUUUUUUUAACAGUCCUUCCCUCAACUUAUUUAUUUUUUCUCACAUUAGACUAUAAUCAGUAAGAAGAAAGCAGGCUGCCCCUGCCACACCACUUAGAAAUCUCUUCAGCUGAGAGUCUUGAGUUUCUCUCACGCCCCUUUCUUUCUACACAGCUGCGGUCACAGUGCUAAGCUUCCUGCCACUGAUUUGCUGGAAUCUGUCUCCCUUCACUUUCCCUCAGCACAGGCCUCAUUUCCUCUUGAACUUUUUAAAAGGUCUUUUUAUCCAGGAACCAUGUCAUCACAGCCACAUAGCUGUUCUCUGCCACACCCCUCACCUCCUUGGAGCCCUCGCUGCCACUCCCAUCCAUGGCCCCACUCCUUUGGCUCUCCGCCACACUCCUUUGAAUUCUUCCAGCCUCUUUCCAAGGCCACUCGUGCACUUCUGUGUCUUUGUUAACGGCAGUACUCACUUCUUGGUCUAUGGAAAACUGCACUCUGCCAGUUGACCAGAAUGUGCCAGUAGGAGCUUUGGAUGUCACGUUUCACUGGGGGCUCUUCAAGGAGCUGAAUUUGCCUAUGUGAGGCGGACAGUGGGAGGGCUCCCACACCCACCCACCUGCAAGUGUUGGCCUCACCACUGCAGAGAAAACUUGUGCUCAGUGUCAUAAAAGAAGCAGCAUAUUCCUGAGACUUCUCAGAAUAGGAAGCUCUGUUCCUUCCCGCUGGUUGAAAACAACCUGGAGAAUGCAGAAGUGACAGUUCAAAAAGUCAGUCUCCGUACAGAAGGAUUACCAGGUAUAAGCUACGUUUUCAAGGAGCAGAGUCAUAUCCAUAUGGAAAUAAUCUCCUGAAACAGGUGAACAUUUUAAAUAAGGGCAUUGCCCUGUUUGGGAUUAACAAAGUGGAGAAAACCUGUAAAAUUAUUUGAAGUUUUAUUCUUGUAGUUCCUUUUUAAUCAGGUGGAGUGCCUAUAGAUGCACAUACAUGAAUGACUGCCGUUCUUGUAUAUAACAGUUUUCCAAAAUAGAUUCUCGUUGGGAGGGAGAAUUAAACAGCCAGAGGGAUGAACAUUACUUUCACGUGUUCUCCGAAGUGUUUGAUUCCUUCAGAGUUCUCCUGAAUUCUUUUUACUGUUGCAGUCACUGUAACUUUUUAAAAUUUAUAAUCCAGUCAGAAGAGAUUGUUACAAUAAACAAACAACCAUUUGUGACAUCAGUUUUGCAUGAUGUGUGUAAUCAAGAAAGUUUCAAGUGUGUGCUUACCAAUAAAGAAUGUUUUCACUGGAAGUCA